GUUCCACAAACCGGAAGACAGGACGGACUACGUGUCAGGAAGCAGGAGAAGAAGCAGAAUCGGCUAAAUGGUUGAAGGCGACGGGGCCGUGUGACUUCACCUCGUCCUGGAACAACCUCGCCCAUUCGUGUGGAUUCAUAUUUUGUUUUAACGGAGAGUUAAACCCGCAACCGCCUCGGCACGAUGUUAACCAAGUUCGAAACGAAGUCGGCCCGUGUUAAAGGUCUGAGUUUCCAUCCCAAAAGGCCAUGGGUUCUUGCAAGUUUGCACAACGGAGUCAUCCAGCUGUGGGACUAUCGGAUGUGCACCUUGAUCGACAAGUUCGAUGAGCACGAUGGGCCCGUCAGAGGAAUUGAUUUCCACAAACAGCAGCCUCUGUUUGUGUCUGGAGGAGACGAUUACAAGAUUAAGGUUUGGAACUACAAGCUGAGGCGCUGCCUCUUCACCCUCCUUGGACACUUGGACUACAUCAGAACUACCUUCUUCCACCAUGAUUACCCCUGGAUUCUAAGUGCCUCGGAUGACCAGACUAUACGCAUCUGGAACUGGCAGUCGAGGACCUGUGUCUGUGUGCUGACCGGCCAUAACCACUAUGUGAUGUGCGCCCAGUUCCAUCCAUCCGAGGACCUGGUGGUGUCAGCCAGUCUGGACCAGACCGUGCGAGUGUGGGAUAUCUCCGGUCUGAGGAAGAAGAACCUGUCUCCUGGUGCUGUGGAGACGGACGUGCGUGGCAUCUCUGGCGUCGACUUGUUCGGUGCCUCGGAUGCCGUUGUCAAGCAUGUCCUUGAGGGCCACGACAGGGGAGUCAACUGGGCAGCCUUCCACCCCACCAUGCCUCUCAUUGUGUCUGGAGCUGACGACAGGCAGGUCAAGAUCUGGAGAAUGAACGAAUCCAAGGCAUGGGAGCUGGAUACAUGUCGCGGCCACUACAACAAUGUGUCCUGUGCCGUCUUCCACCCGCGUCAGGAGCUCAUCCUGUCCAACUCUGAGGACAAGAGCAUCAGGGUGUGGGACAUGUCCAAGAGAACCGGAGUGCAGACCUUCCGUCGGGACCAUGAUCGCUUCUGGGUGCUGGGUGCUCACCCAAACCUCAACCUGUUUGCCGCUGGUCAUGACAGCGGAAUGAUUGUGUUCAAGCUGGAGCGCGAGCGUCCAGCCUACGCCGUGCACGGGAACAUGCUGUACUACGUCAAGGAUCGUUUCCUCCGCCAGCUGGACUUCAACAGCAGCAAAGACACUGCUGUCAUGCAGCUGCGCAGUGGGUCUAAGUUCCCAGUGUUCAGCAUGUCUUACAACCCAGCUGAGAACUCUGUCCUGCUCUGCAAUAGGGCGACCAAUCUGGAGAACAGCACAUAUGACCUGUACUCCAUUCCCAAAGAAAGCGAUUCUCAGAACCCUGAUGCACCGGAGGGGAAGAGGUCUUCUGGUCUGACGGCAGUCUGGGUGGCCAGGAACCGAUUUGCAGUCCUGGACCGAAUGCACUCUCUUCUGAUUAAGAACCUGAAGAAUGAAAUUGUGAAGAAAGUCGCGGUUCCAAGCUGCGAGGAAAUCUUCUACGCAGGAACGGGCUCGCUGCUGCUGCGCGAUGCCGAUGGCGUCACUCUGUUCGACGUGCAGCAGAAACGCUCUCUGGCCACCGUCAAGAUCGCCAAGGUCAAGUACGUGGUGUGGAGCGCCGACACCAGCCACGUGGCUCUACUCGCCAAACACGCCAUCAUGAUCUGCAACCGUAAGUGGGAAAGUCUCUGCAACAUUCACGAGAACAUCCGAGUGAAGAGUGGAGCCUGGGAUGAGAGCGGAGUCUUCAUCUACACAACCUCCAACCACAUCAAAUAUGCCCUCACCUCUGGUGAUCAUGGCAUCAUCAGGACUCUGGACCUGCCGAUCUACGUGACCCGUGUGAGAGGUAACAGCGUUUACUGCCUGGACAGGGAGUGUCGACCACGUGUCCUCACCAUUGACCCCACAGAGUACCGCUUCAAACUGGCCCUGGUCAACCGCAAAUAUGAUGAGGUGCUCCACAUGGUGCGUAACGCCAAGCUGGUGGGUCAGUCCAUCAUUGCCUACCUGCAGAAGAAGGGCUACCCUGAGGUGGCGCUGCACUUUGUCAAAGAUGAGAAGACACGAUUUAGUUUGGCACUGGAGUGUGGAAACAUUGAGGUGGCGUUGGAGGCCGCCAAGGCCCUGGAUGAGCGCAGCUGUUGGGAGCGCCUGGGCGAGGCCGCGCUGCUGCAGGGUCACCACCAGGUCGUGGAAAUGUGCUACCAGAGGACCAAGAACUUUGACAAGCUCACCUUCCUGUACCUCAUCACUGGCAACCUGGCCAAGCUGCGCAAGAUGAUGAAGAUCGCUGAGAUCAGAAAGGACAUGAGCGGUCACUACCAGGCGGCGCUUUACCUGGGAGACGUCAGUGAGAGGGUCCGCAUCCUGAAGAACUGUGGACAGAAGUCUCUGGCUUACCUGACUGCAGCCACCCAUGGGCUGGAUGAAGAAGCUGAAUCACUGAAGGAGACCUUUGACCCAGAAAAGGAGACGGUGCCUGAGGUUGAUCCCAAUGCACAGCUGCUGCAGCCUCCUCCACCCAUCAACCCUCUGGACACCAACUGGCCUCUGCUCACUGUAUCAAAGGGCUUCUUUGAGGGAGCCAUUUCAGCGAAAGGGAAGGCAGGUCAGAUGGCUGCCGAUCAGGACAUGGAUGCUGCAGGAGGCGAGGGCUGGGGAGAGGAUGCCGAACUUCAGCUGGAUGAAGAUGGCUUCAUGGACGCCCAGGAAGGAUUAGGGGAGGAUGGAGUUGUGAAAGAGGAGGGAGGAGGCUGGGAGGUGGAGGAAGACCUGGACCUUCCUCCAGAGCUGGACUUGCCGGCUGGUGGAGGUGGAGGAGCAGAAGACGGCUUCUUUGUCCCACCAACCAAGGGCAUGAGUCCGACCCAGGUGUGGUGCAACAACUCCCAGCUGCCAGUGGACCACAUCCUAGCUGCCUCUUUCGAAACAGCCAUGAGACUGCUCCACGACCAGGUUGGAGUUGUGAACUUUGGACCAUACAAGUCACUGUUCAUGCAGACGCUGUCCAGAGGCCGCAACUGUUACCUGGGGCUGCCCUCUCUGCCCUGCCUGCGCAGUCACCCCCAGAGGAACUGGAAGGACUGUGGGGCAAAGCAAGGUCUGCCUGCUGUGGGCCUGCGCCUCUCGGACCUCAUCUCCCGCCUGCAGCAGUGCUACCAGUUGACCACUUCUGGGCGCUUUGAGGAAGCUGUUGAGCGCUUUAGAGUCAUCCUGUUGUCGGUUCCUCUGCUGGUGGUCGAUAACAAGCAGGAGAUUGCAGAGGCUCAACAGCUGAUCACAAUUUGCAGAGAGUACAUCGUGGGUCUGACUAUGGAGACCGAGAGGAAGAAGCUGCCGAAAGACACUUUGGAGCAGCAGAAGAGGCUGUGCGAGAUGGCUGCUUACUUCACCCACUGUAAUCUCCAACCCGUCCACAUGGUGCUGGUGCUGCGCACGGCUCUGAACCUCUUCUUCAAACUGCGUAACUUCAAAACAGCUGCGAGCUUUGCACGCCGCCUGCUGGAGCUCGGGCCGAAGCCAGAUGUGGCGCAGCAGACCCGCAAGAUUUUGGCUGCAUGCGAGAAGACCCUGACAGAUGCCCACCAGUUGAACUACGACCCCCACAAUCCGUUUGACCUGUGCGCUGCGUCUUUUGUCCCCCUGUACCGCGGACGCCCUGUUGAGAAGUGUCCUCUGUCGGGAGCCUGCUACUGUCCCCCAUACAAAGGCCAGAUCUGCAGGGUCACACAGGUGACGGAGAUCGGUAAGGAUGUGAUCGGUCUGCGCGUGAGUCCUCUUCAGUUCCGUUGAGAGGACACGGAGACGAGGAACCUGCUCAGCAAAACACAUCCACACUUACUCUGUAGAAAUUAAUAGUUAAUCGACACGACGAAUUAAAGCAGAGAUAUAUAUGUUUGCUCACGCUGAUGUGAAAACCUUUUAAACCCUUUCAACUAUCUUAAUUCCAUGCACCAUCUUUCCUGCAGAAAGCUUUUUGUUCUACUCGGCAUCGUCUCCGUGCUGUGGCUGUAUUAAACCUGUAAACAUAACCGCUGUCCCUUUUCUGACCUGUAUGAGAUGAUUGACUCGAUGUGAGCGAGCGGCGCUGCUCUGUGUAUUCUGGAGGGGAGAAUAAAAAAUAAAUUCCUGUUUGUGAAACGGAAA